UCUCGUUGAAAGCGAGACCUGUCAAUUACCCAAAAUUCUAAAUUGCCCGGAUGAGGAUGUAGUAUUCUGCUGUGUAUGUGAGAUGUGAAUAAUGAUUUCAAAGCUGUUUAUUGUGUCAAAGGCAGGAGAACUAUUGAUUGAAAAGGAUUACAGAUAUGAGUUUUCUGUGUCACCAGAAAUGUACUUCCUAGAGAAACUGAAAGCUUCAAGAGCAUCAAGUAUACAGCCUCAUUUUUAUCUCAACGGAAUAAGUUUCUUCAACAUUCAACGUAAUGAUGUCUACCUAGUAGCAUGUUCUGCCUCCUCACUACUUCCUGUUAUGGUUAUUGAAUUACUUACACGUCUGUACCAUAUAUGUAAAGAUUUCUGUGGUGUGGUCAAUGAACAUUCAGUCAAAGAAAAUGUACUACUUUUGUAUGAGUUACUAGAUGAUUUUAUGAAUGAGGGUUAUGUUCAGCUUGCCUCUACAGAGAAACUCCGUCCCUACAUCCAGUCAGCACCAGUGGUUGUUCAGAAAGAAAGAUCACCUGCAACAGAAAUAUCAUCUAGAGUUUUUGGCAUUGAAACGAAGACAAUAUCUGGAUCAGCAUCCAGUAAACCAGUUGUUCAGUCAGGCAGUGAGCAAAACAAAAAUGAGCUUUAUGUUGAUGUUAUAGAGAGGAUAUCAGCACUUAUUGCCGUAGAUGGAACUGUUUCACAGAUGGAGGUAAAUGGUUCAGUUAACAUCAAGAAUUUUCUGGUUGGGUCGCCACAAGUUAAAAUUGUUCUUAAUGAGGAGCUUGUUGUUUCAAACUCAAAUAUCAAAGGAUAUGGUUCAAAUGUACAGCUUGACAGAUGUACCUUUCAUAGUUGUGUGAAACAAGAAGAUUUUACAACAUCUAAGACACUAACGUUUGUACCACCUGUAGGAGAGAUAUCAGUGUUGAGUUACAGUAUUAGUGGAGAAAUGUGUUUAAAUCAGCCAUUCAGUUUGAGGUCAUUUGUUGGCGAUGCUGAAGGAAGCAGAGAUGUUCGAGUAACUUUGAGAUUGAAGAGUAAUUUUCCAACCAAUAUUACGGCUGUCAAUGUGAAGGUUAAAUUCUCCUUACCAAAAGCCGUAGCAAGUAUUUCAUCAAAGUUAUCUGAUGAUGAGCAGACGGCAAUUAUUGACAAAGCAGAGAAACAAGUUGUCUGGACCUUGAAAAGAAUUCCCGGAAAAACUGAAUCUAUAGCAGAGUUUAGGUUGAUCAAUCAAGGAAGUGGUAGAUUGAGUCAGCAGGAGAUAGAUCCAUUAGUGUUAGAGUUUGAGAUAUCUGGAUAUACUAGUUCAGGAUUAGCUGUACGAGCAUUAAAACUUCAGGGGACGGAUAAAAGUCAGCCGAGAAGACAUUUUGUUAGACUUAUUACAGCUAGUGAUUCUUAUGUGUUCAGAACAUUUUGAUGACUUUUUAAUGUUGUAAUUAAUUCAUGAUUAUAAAGUUAAAAUUACAUAGAAUUCUUUCGAGUUUACAGAAAUUUACCCAUAUAAUAUUUUAUAAAACAGGCAAGAACAAAUAUAAAAAGGGGCACUGUUACAUACAUGUACAUGAAUUCUUCUUUAACAUGGUGUUACUUGUUUUUAAUAUACAGUAAUAUAAGUUAUAUAUUUAUUAUGUAUAUCUUAUAUUACUAUUCACAUACCAAACAUUAUGAAGUGAUCAGCAGCAUGUAAGAUUGAAGGGGGAAUCAUAUUUCUCAAAUGGAUUUUGAAAACAGUGAUUUUUGCCUCUUUUGAAUUUUUUUGUUUUCUUGCAAUACCAUAUCAUAUGUAAACAAUAUCUUCCUCUUGUUGUCAUUUUGUAAAGGCUUACAUUUAAACUUAACAGAAAUAUCACCUUUUUUGAACUGUCAUUUCUCAUUCAAGAAUAUUUCCAGGAGUGCAUUUUGCCACAAAGGCAAAGAAGUAAAAAUUUCAACUAGAGUAGACAAUUUUCUUUCAAACUUUGCAUCCUGAUUGUAACAAAUUGAUUAAAGAAAAAUUGAGGGUCACCAUUCUAGUUCUUGAGUUAUCUGCCCUUGAAAUUGAUUUUUUUUUGCUCUACUUCUGGAAACAGCUUUAAGAUCCUCUAAGUUUAACCAAGCAGAAGUGUGAUAUAUAAUUCAAUGGUAAUAUUUUAAAACUCAAAAAGACAGGAGAAAAUCAGCCACUUGUAGCAAGAAUUGAAGUACAAAAUGUACAUGCAAGGAAAACUGAUGACAAAAAUCAACUAAUUUUCCUGUGAGUUGUCUCCCUUUAUAAAAGAUGUGCAAUACAGUCGUUUACUUUUUUCAUUGCAGUUUUUUUUACAAAUAUGCUAGUUAGCAGUAGUAAUGAAAAUAAGUAUAAUUGUGCUUAAACAUGUAUGUUUUUAAGAGUAUUGUAUACUUACUUUAAGUAUUAAAUUAUUUUCCAUUUUUUUAUCCAAAUCAACAAAUAUUUUGCUUUUUUGUUUUUAUCUUGUUUUUGUACUGAUUUAUUGAUUUAAUAUUUAAAUAUAAUAGGAGAUUAUUGUACAAAGGAAUGUGAAUUUGUACAUUGCAUAAAUUUGUUGAAAAAAACAUGUAAUAUAUUAAAAGAAUAAAUCAUAUUACAAA